GAAGGCUUGCGGCGAAACAUCAAAUGGAAGCACGGAAAACUCCAUCGUGCAGCCUGCUGGGAGUUGUAGUUACGUAGCCAUCUCCACCCCACUUCAACCGGUUUUCCCCUAUUAAGGCGACGGGGCGGGGCCAAAACUGGGAGAGAAGAAGAAUCGGCCUGGCUCACUCUUGGAGGGCGGAGCUCAGCCUCCCUACGUGACACCGCCACACAGCCGUUGGUCCUUUCGAUUGGCUAGUUUGGAGACGGAGGAGGGACGAAUUGAAACCCGGGGAGCCAACGAAGAAGCUGGAGACUGACCUUAGGCCGCUGUAAGGACUUAGAAACAUCCUACUGGGCUCCCUCCCCCUUCUCUGCUCCGGAAUUGCCAAGAACCCCGGUCGACCUCCCGGCCCCUGUAGAGAGAGACCCCUCGGCAUGCUGCUUUGGGGCCUGUGGGCUGCUUUGCUGCUGCUUCUGCUGCCCCCGCCUGCCCAAGUAGCUCCCCUGGACCGGACGGAGCCCAGGAAAGAUGAGGCACCACCAUCACUUCCAGAGACCCCGGACACGGGCCUCUAUUACCAUCGCUACCUUCAGGAGGUGAUCCAGGUCCUGGAGACAGACGGGCAUUUCCGGGAGCGGCUGCAGGCGGCCAACGCCGAGGACAUCAAGAGCGGGAAGCUGAGUCGUGAGCUUGACUUUGUCAGCCACCACAUUCGGACCAAGCUGGACGAGCUCAAGCGGCAGGAGGUAUCCCGCCUGCGGAUGCUGCUCAAGGCCAAGAUGGACGCUUCCCAGGAGCCAGAGGUGCAAGUGGACCACCUAACCCUGCUGAAGCAGUUUGAGCACCUGGACCCUCAGAACCAGCACACGUUUGAGGCCCGAGACCUGGAGCUGCUGAUCCAGACGGCCACGCGGGACCUGGCUCAAUACGAUGCAGCCCACCACGAAGAAUUCAAACGUUACGAGAUGCUGAAGGAGCACGAGCGGCGGCGCUACCUGGACUCCCUGGGGCAGGAGCAGCGGCUAGCAGAAGAGCGGAGGCUGGAGGAGCAGAGGCAAAGGCACCGGCAGCACCCCAGGCUCAAUGUGCCAGGCAGCGAGGCCCAGCUGAAGGAGGUGUGGGAGGAGACGGACGGGUUGGAUCCCACCGAAUUCAACCCUAAGACCUUCUUCAGGCUGCACGACACGAACAGUGAUGGCGUCCUGGACGAGCAGGAGCUGGAGGCCCUCUUUACCAAGGAGCUGGAGAAGGUGUACGACCCCAAGAACGAGGACGACGACAUGCGGGAGAUGGAGGAAGAGCGGCUGCGGAUGCGGGAGCACGUGAUGAAGACGGUGGACACAAACCAGGACCGUCUGGUCACCCUUGAGGAGUUCCUGCUCUCCACACAGAGGAAGGAUUUUGAAGAAGCCGCGCCAAAGGGCUGGGAGACCCUGGAGGAGCACCCGGCUUACACCGAGGAGGAACUGCGGCGCUUCGAGGCAGAACUGGCGGCGAGGGAGGCUGAGCUGGCGGCCCAGGCCCAGCGGCUGAGCCAGGAGAGCCAGGCCCUGGACCACUCUCAGGGGCUGCUGGAAGCCCAGAAGAAGGAGCUGCAGCAGGCUGUCCUCAACAUGGAGCAGAGGAAGCAGCAGCUGUCCCCAGACCCGCCAGCGCCUGGCCCUGAUGGACAGCUCCUCUUCCAGCCCCAGACAGAGACGGGAGCCCACGCAGAGGCAGCCGUGGAAAAGGAGGCGCCGGCCCCAGGCCCGGACUCCCCCACACCCGAUUCCCAGCCGUAGUGCUCUCCAAGCCCCCAAUAAAGACUUUGUGGGCA